UUAGUAUUUCAGUGUUAAAGUCGCUUUUAAAGGGGGUAUUUGGAUAUUCCAUCUUGUAAUAAACUAGUGUGGACAACAAAUUUAAAUCGGUUUUUGUUGAAAAACGAGAAAUAUUAGCAAUUUUUAGUGACGCGGUACGGUAAGUUUAACACCAAAAAUUACUGUUAACCAACUAAAAUCGGGUCACGUGGUACAGAUUCGACCAAUCGCAAGUGUUCGUCGCCGAGACGUGGCGUUUCAUUUCAUUCGACCGCCAUUUUGACAUUAGACGAGCUUUUCGCGAGAACCUGUAGUGAAUGGUUUUGGGUGUUUUUAAGGUGUAUCCGUGUUUUUGUAUAAAGAAGUUAAAUUAAACGGCACAGUCAUGGGGAAUAUGUUCGCUAACCUUUUUAAGGGUCUCUUUGGCAAAAAGGAGAUGCGAAUAUUAAUGGUAGGUUUAGAUGCGGCCGGUAAAACCACAAUUUUAUACAAACUUAAAUUAGGAGAAAUCGUUACAACAAUUCCAACCAUCGGAUUCAACGUUGAAACUGUAGAAUAUAAAAACAUUAGCUUCACCGUGUGGGAUGUUGGUGGUCAAGACAAAAUCAGACCUUUGUGGAGACAUUAUUUUCAAAAUACACAGGGCCUAAUAUUUGUAGUAGACAGCAAUGAUAGGGAGCGUAUUGGUGAAGCAAAAGAUGAAUUAAUGCGAAUGUUGGCAGAGGAUGAGCUCAGGGAUGCGGUGCUUUUGAUUUUCGCGAAUAAACAAGAUUUGCCGAAUGCGAUGAACGCAGCGGAAAUCACAGAUAAGCUCGGUUUACAUUCGUUGAGAAACCGAAACUGGUAUAUUCAGGCUACCUGCGCGACAAGUGGAGAUGGGCUUUAUGAAGGUCUCGAUUGGUUAUCCAAUCAGCUAAAGAACGCCAACCGUUAAAAGUGCAGUGUUUUAAAAGAAAAUUUAAAAAUAACUACUACAACCAACAAAAGCAACAACAAAAAAAUGCGAUUAUUUACUAUUAAUAUUAUAAUUAUUAUGAUUUUCGUCGUAUAAAAAGGAUUUAAUAAAAAAAUAUGAAAAGGAAUGCAAAAAAAACUGGAUGCUGGAAAAAUAUAGAAAAAUAAGGAUGUUAGGUGAACUCUUGUUUCUUGUCAGUGUGUUUAAUUAUUAAUAUUAUUAUUAUUAUCCGUCGAGA